AUGUGUAUAUACACCACAGUUAAGAUCACGUUGUUAUUAUGGAGACCAGUAUUAAAGAUGGUUCACUAGACAAAGAAGAUCUAAAAGUAAAGCGCUUGAAAACAAAGGGAACAGAGUUGGAAGAAUUUGAUUCUGUAUUCAGUUAUUUGGUAGAAGGACUAGUAAAACAAGGGAGACAACACAAGGAAAUAUCAGCAGCAGUUGACUGGUUUAAAGAGGUGUGCCUUUAUAAUGUACCAUUUGGGAAGAAGACCCGUGGCCUGUCUGUGGUGAUGGCCUUUAAGAGGAUUCAUACAAAUGCCAAUGAGAACGAGAUUCGACAGGCAAGAAUACUUGGCUGGUGCAUAGAAUGGUUACAAGCCUUCUUUCUUGUGGCUGAUGAUGUGAUGGAUAAAUCAAUAACUCGCAGAGGAAAGCCAUGCUGGUACAAAAAGGAGGAUGUUGCUCUAAUAGCUGUCAAUGACGCUGUGUAUUUGGAAAACUGUGUGUAUGCUAUCUUGAGAAGACAUUUUAAACAAGAAGAUUACUACACAGACGUUGUGGACUUGUUUCAUGAGACAACAAUGCAGACUAUCACUGGUCAGUGCCUGGACCUGGUUACCUCCCCUGAGACAUGUAUAAACUUUGAUGAGUUUACUCUAGAGAGAUUUACUGCUAUUGCUAAGUGGAAGACAGCGUUUUACUCUUUUUAUUUACCUGUGGCCCUGGCCAUGUACAUGGCUGGAAUCAAAGACACAGCCACACAUGAAGCUGCCAAAGAGAUUUUCCUGAAAAUGGGAGUAUUUUUUCAAGUACAGGAUGAUUUCCUUGAUUGUUAUGGUGACCCGGCAGUCAUGGGAAAAAUAGGAACAGACAUUCAGGACAACAAAUGUAGCUGGUUAAUAGUGCAAGCUCUUUCAAGGGUUACCCCAGAGCAACGGCAGACCUUAGAGGAGAAUUAUGGACAGCCAGAGGAAGACAAGGUUUUAAAUGUGAAGGCAGUGUACAAGGUUUUGGACUUAGAACAGUUGUACCAAGACUAUGAGGAAAAGAGUUACAGAGAAAUCAUCCAGGACAUUCAGUCAUUCAAGGGCCAGAUCCCUAAGGAAGUGUUCACAGACUUUGUCAGCAAAAUCUACAAACGAAACAAGUGACAUAUCACCUAUGUCAGAUGCUAUCUACAAAAUGAUGGCACAUGUGUCUCCUUAGCCAGAUAAUCUCUACAAAAUGAUGGCAAUUGUGUCCUCUUAGCAAGAUACUCUCUACAUUAGAUGUGUGUCUUCUCAGCAAAGUAAUUUCUUCACAAUACUGGCAUAUGUGUCUUCCCAGUAAGAUGAUCUUCACACAAUUAAGCAAACCUGCAUCUAUAAAUGAAGCUGGCAUCUGUCUUUUUUGAAUAGCUGGUAUAUCAAAUUAAAUGCUUUGUACUUGAUGCCUAAGGAUACUGUGCACACUGUAAAUGGUUUGAGGUGAAGUAGAACAUUUGACAUUCCUUUUUGAUGUAUAUUUCAUAUAAAGCAUCACACAUAGGUGAGAGUAGCUUUAGGCAUUUCAAGUAAAGCCUUUUUGCAUUUAGCACCAAGAAAAUACAUUUUUAUGAUACACUUACUAGCUUUCCAUUGAUUUACUAACCAGAUUAUGUCUACAUGAUACUCACAGAUGUGGAAUGUGUUAUUCAAGGGGCAAUUGUAUGUGAAAUCAAGUCAGACAUGCAUUUUAUUAAUACCAUCUGAUAAAUACAAACGACAAGUGGAUCUCAUUACUUGUCUCUAUAUGAUUGUACAUUUCCUGUAGAAUUCAUUUGAUAUUACCAACAUUUUCUAACUUAAUACAAUUCCUUAGUGCAACUAAUAUAAAUCAUGUAAACGAUUUGAUGCAAUUCCAUUUGCUUGGAUCUGAUUGAAAGAUUUUAUUUCGUUUCAUAACUCACAUCAAUUACACUGUACAAUAUCCAUGUAUGUAUAAGUGAAUGACAUAACUAUUAAUGGUGUCACAAUUAUGAUAUCAUACGAGUGCCAUGUUAUCAUACGAGUGUCCUACAGAUUCAUUCAUAUAGUCCUUUACAUGGUAGAAUAGGCUGGGUGAGAUAAACUAUAUCUUUGUGAUGCAUUUUUAAGAUAUUCAGAAAGAUUAAUGACAAUGGACUUUAGCGAGGAUAAUGCCAUUAAAAUGUAAUGUUGGGUAAUACUUUAUCACAAUGAUCUGGUCUGUAUAGUUGGGAGAGAAAACUUUUGAUGGGUUUGAUAAUGGCAUUUUGAUAUUACUGUAAUCUGUACUCAGUGUUUAUUUGUUUAAACUGUUACACUUUAAAAGUGAAAAUUGCAAUGGCAAUAUAACAACCAAAUUCUCUGUUUACUCUGUAAUUUGUGUUGAGAUAUUUUGUGUUCUGUCUGUUAGAAGAAAGUGUGUAACACUGACAGAAAUCUUUUUACAACACUGCGGGAUUAGAUGCUCUGUCUCUAUACUGUUUUAUAGGGGAAGAGAUGAUCCUCUGUUGUUUUGUAUCUUGUCAAGUUCUGUCUUGUUCUAGUUGUUGUUUAGUAGAAAUGAAUGAUCAUGUUUUUUAUAUACAGGUGGAGUGUAAUUGUGGUCUGAUGGCAUCUGUGGAAGCUGUCUUAGAAAUGUAUUAGUGUACUUUUUAACUUGACAUAAUUUUGACAUAUUUCAUUUUUACUGCACCGGUUCAGGGUGUGAAUUUUAAACAUUUUUAUGUGAUCAAUCCAUCAAUAGCUUGAAGAGUGACACAAUAUACUUGUAUGUUCUGUUGUAUGACCACAACUUUUGAGAGUAAAUUACAUGUUCUGGUGUAUGACCACAAGUUUUGAGAGUAAAUUACAUGUUCUGGUGUAUGACCACAAGUUUUGAGAGUAAAUUACAUGUUCUGGUGUAUGACCACAAGUUUUGAGAGUAAACCACAAGUUUUGGUGUAUGACCACAAGUUUUGAGAGUAAACCACAAGUUUUGGUGUAUGACCACAAGUUUUGAGAGUAAACCACAAGUUUUGGUGUAUGACCACAAGUUUUGAGAGUAAACCACAAGUUCUGGUGUAUGACCACAAGUUCUGGUGUAUUACCACAAGUUUUGGUGUAUGACCACAAGUUUUGGUGUAUGACCACAAGUUCUGGUGUAUGACCACAAGUUUUGAGAGUAAACCACAAGUUUUGGUGUAUGACCACAAGUUUUGAGAGUAAACCACAAGUUCUGGUGUAUGACCACAAGUUUUGAGAGUAAACCACAAGUUUUGGUGUAUGACCACAAGUUUUGAGAGUAAACCACAAGUUCUGGUGUAUGACCACAAGUUUUGAGAGUAAACCACAAGUUCUGGUGUAUGACCACAAGUUCUGGUGUAUUACCACAAGUUUUGGUGUAUGACCACAAGUUUUGGUGUAUGACCACAAGUUCUGGUGUAUAACCACAAGUUUUGAGAGUAAACCACAAGUUUUGGUGUAUGACCACAAGUUUUGAGAGUAAACCACAAGUUCUGGUGUAUGACCACAAGUUUUGAGAGUAAACCACAAGUUCUGGUGUAUGACCACAAGUUCUGGUGUAUUACCACAAGUUUUGGUGUAUGACCACAAGUUUUGGUGUAUGACCACAAGUUCUGGUGUAUAACCACAAGUUUUGAGAGUAAACCACAAGUUUUGGUGUAUGACCACAAGUUUUGAGAGUAAACCACAAGUUUUGGUGUAUGACCACAAGUUUUGAGAGUAAACCACAAGUUUUGGUGUAUGACCACAAGUUUUGAGAGUAAACCACAAGUUCUGGUGUAUGACCACAAGUUUUGAGAGUAAACCACAAGUUUUGGUGUAUGACCACAAGUUUUGAGAGUAAACCACAAGUUCUGGUGUAUGACCACAAGUUUUGAGAGUAAACCACAAGUUCUGGUGUAUGACCACAAGUUCUGGUGUAUUACCACAAGUUUUGGUGUAUGACCACAAGUUUUGGUGUAUGACCACAAGUUCUGGUGUAUAACCACAAGUUUUGAGAGUAAACCACAAGUUUUGGUGUAUGACCACAAGUUUUGAGAGUAAACCACAAGUUCUGGUGUAUGACCACAAGUUUUGAGAGUAAACCACAAGUUCUGGUGUAUGACCACAAGUUUUGAGAGUAAACCACAAGUUCUGGUGUAUGACCACAAGUUUUGAGAGUAAACCACAAGUUUUGGUGUAUGACCACAAGUUUUGAGAGUAAACCACAAGUUCUGGUGUAUGACCACAAGUUUUGAGAGUAAACCACAGGUUCUGUUGUAUUACCACAAGUUGAUACUUAUUUUCUCACCAGUGAAAAUCAGUGUUCUGCUUGUGUGUGGUUUAUGAAAGUAAAAGUUUUUAGUUUGUCAUGUAACAUGUAUGAUAAAAGUAAUUUUGUGAGUAUUGCAUCUACAAGAUAAUAAAUUCCAGUCAGUGUGUCUGUUUAUGGUUUUAUUAUUAAAUGGUGUUGAUUUUCAGAGUACGUUAAGGCCUGUAUGUACUGGUAUAUGGUCCUAUGUCUGUAGAUUUCAUAAAGGCCUGUAUGCACUGGUAUAUGGUCAUAUGUCUACAGAGUACAUUUAGGCCUGUAUGUACUGGAUGGUCCUAUUUCUAUAUAUAGAGUACAUAAAGGCCUGUAUGUACUGGUAUAUGGUCAUAUGUCUACAGAGUACAUUUAGGCCUGUAUAUACUGGAUGGUCCUAUUUCUAUAUAUAGAGUACAUAAAGGCCUGUAUGUACUGGUAUAUGGUCCUAUGUCUAUAGGGUAUAUAAAUAUCUUUAGUUGAGAAUGUCACAAUUAUUUAUCUUAGCUGUUAAAGCCCAAUCUUAAUGCUUUAAACACUAGCAUCAUGUGAUAUGUGCAACUGUCAAGGUGAUCUUUGUCUUUCAUUUUACUGACUGUAGCUCUAUUAUGAUAUUUUGCUUUACUAACUUAGAACAGAUUUUGGGACAGAAAGAUUAGCGAUACUUCACUGGGGCAUGUAGAUUUUUUAUGUGUACCACAAAACUAUGUUAAGUAAGCUUAUUAUUCCCUCAUAGAAACUGCAUAGGGGGAUGUAAUGUUCUGUUCGUACAUACAUAUGUUCACUUUUUGUUGUCAUUCUAGCAACCCCUUUAUCCACCGGCUUUAAUCAAACUUCAUGUACUGUUCAAUAAUCACAAUAGCUCAAGCUUGUUUGUAUUUCAGUGUGCUAGGUUCAACAUUAAGGUCACUGCUACUAUUUAUAGAAAAUCUUUGUCAUUCUCAUUGGAUUUUGAUCAAAUGGGAGUAAGGAGCAUUGUAUAGCUUGCAAUGCCUUGUUUUUUUUUUUUUUUUUUUUCCGUUGUCAUCAUACAGUCAGUUUUUCUGUGACCUUUAUUUUCUGCUUCACUAAUUCAGUUAGACUUUGGUUUUUGUUUUGCUUCGUUUCAGUGUGGAACCGGGUGGAGAUGUGUAUCGCAUUGUACUUUUCAUACGAUUCAUAUUUUUUUUUCUUAUUUGGGAAAAUCCUUGUUUAAUCAUCCAACAUUCUAACAUAAUAGAGACAGGACUGCUGAACAACUUUUUCAUUUACUUCACACAUACAUAUUAACAUACUCGUAGUAAGCAUUGAUCAUCAAAGAAACUAUAGACAGCUUAGGGAUAUGCUAGUUCAUUUGUUAUUUUCUAACUAGUAUGCUCGGAUGUGUGUAAAUAACCAUAAUCAGAAAAAAAGCUAAAGCUGACACCAAAAAUUACUAUGUUUUGUUCCAAUUAAUUAUUAAUGUAGUUUUGACUACAGGGCUGACAUGUGUUAGUAUAGUAGGUGAUUUAUUUUACAGGAAACUGCACCUAAAAGGACUUGCAGUCAGGUAUUAAUUUGUGUAACAGAUAAUUUGAACUUGAAUCUUAAUAAGACUAACCUAUUUAUGCCAUUCAUUUUCAAAUUUAACUUUUGCUUUAUCAACCUUACCAUUAGCACUGUAUUUUUGAAUGGUAUAAGUGCCCUUGGUUAUAUUUAUUUGAUCAAUGAUAUUUAAAGAGAUAGAAAGACAUUUUGUUUUGUAUAUACACUGCUUCAUUAUUAGAAUAACUUCAUUAUCGACUCUUGUAAGUACUUAUCAUAAGAAAUUCCAGCAACAAAAGAUUUCUUGUUGAACAAGAAAGGAAUAUACAGAAUUUUUAAAAGUGUUUCAAAAUUUUGUUACAAUUUUUGCACUUCUUGACAUUCCAAUAGUAUAUGUAUAACUGUUUCUGGUUCAGAGUUACUAAGUGUAUAGACAGGGGAAAUAACUGUUCUAAUUUUAAACAAAAAGGAGUUAGAAGUUAGUAUGUGGUGAACAGCACUGUAAUGGAACCACUUAAGGUUUUGUAUUAAUGGCGACAAGAAAUGGAAUCUUAUAAUAUUUCCCCCAUGUUUGUUUGUCAAUGAUCUCAGAUAUUCCAUUCUUUGGUUCCUGAUGAAAUGUGAUUAGACUUUUUUAGUGUUUUUUAGAAUUUUUUUUAUCCUUUUCUGUCUUUAAUAAAAGGUUCUAAGUUAAUAGGAAAGUAAGGAUAACAUAAUGUAGGUCAGGGGAAAUGUAUGUUAUGUGAAGAAAUAUAUUUCCUUACUGAGGAGAGAAGGCUCUGAUAUUGUAAACGUUUGUGUUUACAUUAAAUUUUCAAUAAAUUUGUCAAAUGUGUAGAA